AGAGAGGGAGAGAGGCGCUCUGAUGAAGACUCCCGCCUCUCUGUCAAGGAAAGCUUGUUGUACCGAAGGCUGCUGGCUGCCAGCCUGCCCGUCUGCAAAAUCAAUGUGACUGCAGGGAGGCGGCGGGAUCUCACCUGGAAGCGCGCAUCUUAUUUCUCCUGCCUGCAUGUUCUGCGGAUGUGUGUCAGAAGGCUGGGGUUCCAUUUCUUAUUUUUCGGAUUAGACGGCUCGGCCAAAUACGAAAUGUGCGAACACACAUUUCGAUCCUAAUCGGCGCUUGUUGCAGCUGUCCUUCCACAUGAGAAGUUUGACUGUAGCGGACUGAGCUGCUGAGGACGAGGAGGACUCUUUGACUGUUCGCUGCUUGGAAAAUUCGUGCCGCUCAAUCAAGCCGAAAAUAAGGACACUGAAGGGUUGCAUGCCUCAAUACCAAGAAUCUGCACCGAGCGAGAGACCUCUGCUAAGGAGACACAGAGACAUAUCUGGAGAAUGGAGGACAGAAGCGAGGAAGACUGUGUUCAGGAGAACGGACGAAGUGACGAGACGAACAGCAAACCCAGCGGCUCUCCAUGCACCAGUCUGAAGAUGUUUCUGGUAGCAUUGUCAUUCGCCUAUUUUGCCAAGGCGCUGUCGGGGAGCUACAUGAAGAGCACAAUAACCCAGCUGGAAAGACGCUUUGACAUCCCCAGCUACCUAAUAGGAGUCAUUGAUGGGAGCUUUGAGAUAGGUAAUCUGCUGGUGAUAGCUUUCGUCAGUUACUUUGGGGCGAAGCUUCAUAGACCAAAGAUAAUAUCUUUGGGAUGCUUAUUGAUGUCUUUUGGGACCUUCAUCAUUGCUCUGCCCCACUUCAUCAUUGGACGCUAUGAGUUUGAAACGUCAGUGAGAUGGAUGAUGAACUCGACGCACAACUCGUCUCCCUGUCAGGGAGAUUCAGCGGGAGACCAACCUGGUAUUUCACCUCAAGUGCCAUCCACAGGCUGCGAAGGCGAGUCCAACUUAUCAAUGUGGAUAUACGUGCUCCUGGGGAAUGUCUUGCGGGGGAUUGGGGAGACACCCGUUCAGCCCCUGGGGAUCUCUUACAUAGAUGAUUUUGCUACAGAAGAGAAUGCCGCACUUUACGUUGGCUGUGUCCAGACCAUCUCAGUUGUCGGGCCUGUGUUUGGAUACCUGCUAGGCUCCCUGUGUGCCAAGAUUUACGUGGACAUUGGGUUUGUGAAGAUGGACACCAUCACCAUUACACCAGCAGAUGCCCGAUGGGUGGGUGCCUGGUGGCUGGGCUACCUCAUAGCUGGGGUCAUAACUUUGCUCUCUGCCAUCCCGUUCUGGUUUCUGCCCCGAUCUCUGCCCACAGCUGGUUCUAGGGUCCAAAAGAUGGGCACUCAGGAGGAAGCAAGUUUCAUCAAGGACACUCCCCAUCCUAAGUACAAGUAUCAAGCAGAGGAACACAGCAGUUUUGUAGAAAUGGCUAAAGACUUUCUUCCAACCCUUCGAACUCUUCUUGGACACCCCGUGUAUGUGAUCUACUUGUGUGUGGUCGUCAUCCAGCUGAACUCCCUCAUUGGCAUGGUCACGUACAAGCCCAAGUACAUCGAGCAGCAUUUCAGGCAGUCUGCCUCCAAGGCUAACUUUCUCAUGGGUGUGAUCAAUAUCCCUGCUGUGGCACUGGGGAUGUUUUCUGGUGGUCUGCUGAUGAAGAGGCUGAAACUGAACAUCAUGGGAGCAGCAAAGUUUGCUUUUUGCACCUCCUUGAUUGGAUAUGUCCUGUCAAUGUUCUUUUUCACAAUGAGCUGUGAGAACGCCAAAGUAGCCGGAGUGACAGUAUCAUACAGCAAUGUGGAUAGUGUAUCCUAUGACAAACACUCACUUUUCAUGCCCUGCAACUCGGAUUGCUUUUGUUCAUCGAGUGAGUGGGACCCAGUCUGUGGACAAAAUGGCAUCACAUAUGUCUCUCCUUGUCUGGCUGGCUGCAAUACUUCUACAGGCUCGGGGAAAAACACAGUCUUCUCUAACUGUAGCUGUGUCGGUGUGACUGGUAACUUUACGGCCGGAACAGGUCAGUGCCUCAACAAGGAGGACUGCGACAGGAUGUUUCCGUACUUCCUAGCUCUCUCUGUCAUAACUUCCUUCAUCAUCUCGCUUGGUGGGACUCCAGGAUACAUGUUUCUCAUCAGGUGCAUAAAACCACAAUUGAAAUCUCUGGCACUUGGUUUUCAUGCUUUGGCAACACGUACACUUGCAGGGAUCCCAGCACCCAUCUACUUUGGAGCAAUUAUAGACACCACAUGCCUAAAAUGGGGUCAGAAAAGAUGCGGAGGCAUCGGAGCUUGCAGAAUCUACAAUACCUCCGCCUACAGGAUAGCUUACCUGGGCCUGACUCUGAGCCUACGGACUGUCUCCUUCAUCAUCUGCAUCCCGGGCUUCAUCCUACUCAGCCGGCAGCUGAAGGAGGAGGAGAAAAAAAGCGUCCUACACGGGGCCCUAACGAACGGCGGGACCGAACUGGAGGUGCUCAGAAAAGAGGAGUUUGUGGUUUUGAAUUCUGAUCAAGCCAUGCACACGGCGGACAACAGCACAGACAGGCACACCCAGCUGUGACUGCUGAGAAACAGAAAAGACUCCAAGUGUCUGUCUUAUAAGAAAGUACAUCCAAAGUAUGUACCCAGUGAUGCACACACACGUGAAUACACACAACCACAUAUACCUAUACAUAUAAAUACAUACAUGCGUACAAGAUUUGCAGGGAAUCACAAUUUCUGUUAUCUCAUGUCGACCAUAAAAUCUAUAAUUGUACCGUUGAAUGUGUGGUGUUGAGACUCUGGCAGAAAUUUAACCCGCCUGACAAAUUCAUGGAAUGUACAUUCUGCUGUUCUUCUCAAACAAUCCGGAUACAAGGCUCAGACUAGGAAGCGAUGGCCACCGCUACAACACUCCAGUUUGUUUUAUACACCAGCAUCUAUUAAGCUGCCUCUGUAGAUAGUUAUUUUAAAUGAAAGAGUUCUCCAAGGAGGUAAAGUGGCCUUAGAAAUGAGAGGCACGGCAGGCUUUCAAAGAAGUGUUCUUUUUCUUAUUUAUUGGUUUUGACUGGUUCUUGGGAGGUGUUUUGAGGGUUUGCGGCUGUUGAUGUCAUGUUAAGUACACAAUAUGUGCCUCAUUCACUCAACAGUUACCUCUGUGUGCCAUCUGUCCUCUUGACUCGCAUGUGAACAGUUAUCCAUUGAAAUUUUUAAGCUGCUGGUCUUCAAAAUUGCAUAGAAAAGUGUUUACAUUUUUAAAUGUAGUGCAAAAUAGACUUUGCCUUUAAUGCCCCCCUCCUGCAAAGUUUGAUUUGAUUGUAUUUCUGUGUUGUGUCCUUAUGGAGUUAAAAAAAAAAAAACAACUUUGAAAUUCACAACCUCUACAAAUUAAAAUGUAUGUUUCAACAUGAUCUGCUCAAAAAAGUUUAAGCGAUUAUGAUUUGAAUAUGCACAAUCCCCUCAGUGUGCUCUGCUAUCUAAUUCUGCAAAACAUUUUUUUUUAAGAAAACACACCACACUCAAACUCUUUCUAGUUUUCAGAAAAAAAUGUGUUAAUUAUUGUGUUUUAAUGAUUAGUGUUGCACCAGUUGGUUAUUGCUAUUCUCCGUGUUGAGUGUUUUUGAGGCACGUGGAUAAGUAAAAGUAUGUGAAGUGGAACUACAGGGAGUAUUUCUGUAUGAUUUAUAUCUAUAGUGAUUGUUGAAUAUGCUCUGUUGGUUAGUAGUUUUUUUUGUACUUUUCUGUGAGAUUGAGGUAAUUUGUGCCAAAACACUGAAUCAUUCUGAUCUCUCAG